AGGCAUCAAGUCAUUUGGCUCGACAGCGAGCACCGCGUCAUCUGGCAAGGCAGUGGGCUCUGAGUCAACAGGCACGACAGUGGGCACCGGGUCAUCAGGUACCGGAUUGUCUGGCUCGACAGCGGGCUUCGGGUCACCAGGUGUAUGACAGCGGGCACUGGGUCACCAGGCAUCAGGUCAUUUGGCUCGACAGCGGGCACCGCGUCAUCUGGCAAGGCAGUGGGCUCCGAGUCAACUGGUAUGACCACGGGCACUGGGUCAGACAUUGGAUCGUCUGACAGGACAGCGGGCAUCGGGUCACCAGGCAUCAGGUCAUUUGGCUCGACAGCGGGUACCGCGUCAUCUGGCAAGGCAGUGGGCUCCGAGUCAACAGGCACGACAGUGGGCACCGGGUCACCAGGCAUUGGAUCGUCUGGCUCGACAGCGGGCAUCGGGUCACCAGGUACGACAGCGGGCUCUGAGUCAAUUGGCACGAUAGCGGGCACCGGAUCAGGUACCGGAUCAUCUGGAUCAACAGCGGGCAUCGAGUCAACUGGCCUAAUAGGAUCGUCAGGCUGGAUCAGCGAGUAGAGGCAUCAGGCCGAGGCAUCAGGCUUAUCGAGUAGAGGCAUCAGGCCGAGUAGAGGAUUCAGGCUGAACCACGGAAGGCAGGUUCACCGG